GGAAGAAACCAGCAAAUAGUGUUAGUGCCUAGAGCUAGAGAUUGAUAACGUAGAAGCAGAGCAAGCGUCAGCGCUCUCUCUCUCUCUCGUUCUCUCUGGUUGGGGCCGUACCAUCUCUCCCAACUCGGUUCUGACUCAGUGGGAGGAAAAUAUGACUCAGGAAGCGUUCAUAUACAGCUUCGUAGCCCGAGGCACAAUGAUCUUGGCCGAGUACACGGAGUUCACCGGCAACUUUCCAGCGAUUGCCGCUCAGUGCCUUCAAAAGCUCCCUUCUUCUAACAACAAGUUCACCUACAGCUGCGACCACCACACCUUCAAUUUUCUAGUCGAGGAUGGUUAUGCUUACUGUGUUGUUGCCAAAGAAGCUGUAAGCAAGCAUAUCUCAAUUGCAUUUUUAGAACGAAUGAAAGCAGACUUUAAAAAAAGAUAUGGGGGUGGUAAAGCAGAUACAGCCAUUGCCAAAAGUCUUAACAAGGAAUUUGGACCGGUAAUGAAAGAUCACAUGAAGUAUAUAAUUGAUCACGCUGAAGAGAUAGAAAAGUUGUUGAAAGUGAAGGCCCAAGUCUCAGAAGUUAAAAGUAUAAUGUUAGAGAAUAUUGAUAAGGCAAUUGAUAGAGGGGAAAACCUUACUAUUCUUGUUGACAAGACUGAGGACCUACGCUCUCAGGCCCAACAGUACAAAAGUAAAGGGACACAAAUCAGAAGGAAGAUGUGGUAUCAGAACAUGAAAAUAAAGCUUGUUGUCCUUGGAAUCUUGUUACUUCUGGUGCUGGUAAUUUGGCUUUCCAUUUGUCACGGUUUCGACUGCACAAAUUAGCAGGUAAAUUUUUAGACCAAAGAGGAGUUUUAUUCAAAAUAUACAGGUCAUGAGCUUGAAUUUCAUAGCUUGUGUUGAAGAGAGAGAGAGAGAGAGAGAGAGAGAGAGAGAGAUCUACUUCAUUAUGGUAUUUGUUAAAAUGAAACUGUACAAGUGUCUGAGUUCAAUUUAAUAUAGCAGCAAUUUAUUUAAAAAAAGAAAGAAAAGUUUUCUGUUGUUAAAA